GAAACAAUGUGAAAUGUAGUGGAGAAAAGUUGAAGGUUGAAGUAGAAGUUUACCUGUACGAUUUUGGAAAUUUGACAAUGUUAACUAUGAAAACGUAACGUUAGUAAUAACUGAGUUAGUGAUAAAGUCUUAACAAUGAUCCUUUCAUAUUUUCUGAGGAAAUUGAACGACAUAUUGAACAUCAAUAAAGAUGAUCCUUUGCGAUUUGUUGAAAUGACUACAAUGGAUCUAGGUAAAUUUACAUUACUCAAAGCAUUGUUGUAUGCGGGAUUGUCCUAUAACAUACUUUUUUUCCUCAUUCAAAUUGCAUACUUUGCUGUGAACUUCGAGUUGAAACAAUUCAUACAAUUCUUUUCGCUAAAUGUUGGGGCUCUACAUGGUUACUUGGCUUCUUGGACGGUUCUUCGAUAUGAAAAAGAUAGCAUUGAAAUGAUCAACUACAAACAAAAGCAUUUUAUCAAACUGAGUCAAAUCAGUGCCAGCUCUUAUACAAGAAUCCUGAAAUCUGUUACUCCAAGGAGAUAUUUUUUUUUGCUGAACUUGUUAGCCAUGCAUUUUCUGUUCCUUUUUUUCUGGCCAAUAUUCGGCUACGAGGAUGAUUACUAUUUUCCCGUAUACUUCCUCAAUGAAUAUGUGAGACCAUUAUUUGGACGUUAUAUAGCAUUUUCACUUCGAAUAUUUUUUUAUAUUACGACUUAUACCUAUGUGACCAGUGCUUGGAUACAAGUUCAUAUAUCUACAUAUUUUUUAUCUCAAAUGGAAUUUCAAUUGAUUGUGGUUGAGGAUUAUAUUCGAGAUUUGGGAAAACUACCUAUCAGCGAGGAGAGAAUCCACUCAAGUGUUGUUGAUGAACAUUUGAAAGUUUGCAUACGACAUUAUUUUCAUGUAUUGGAAUUCAUGGAUAAAAUGAAGGGGUGGAUAUUUUGGCCUAUGAUGGCUGCCACAGUCGGAAGUUUGGUUAUGUUACUGAGCUAUAUUUACUUCAUUUUAGUUCAAGCAUCACUAGAAGCGUUUCCCAGAGUAGUAAGCUUAUUUCUAAGUGUUGCAUUUUCCAUUGUUUUGUAUUCAAUGUGUGGACAAGGACUUGUAGAUCAGUGUGGAAGAGUUAACAGUGCACUGUACUUCUUACCAUGGUAUAAAUAUAGCAAGAAAAAUUGUGAGCUUUUGAGACUUUUUAUGGUAACUACAAGUAAACCGUUGUUUCUCAAUCUACUAGGUUUCCUUGAGGUUGACGCAUUACUAGUUAUGCAGGUUUAUAAAUUUGUGGUUUCAUCCCUUGCGGCAGUUCAACAAAUUGUGGCUCUUAGAAAGAGGGAUGAUUGAAUUAUUUGAUUAUUUCACUCUUCACUCCAAUGAGUCCAAUAAUUUUGAAAUAUUCACGCAAAUUGCAUAAACAACAUCUCAAAAAUUAUUUAAUUAUAUGCAUUUGUGCACUGUACCCACUGUAAUAUUAAAA